AUGUCUUUCCGCCCGGGCCUGCUGGCCAGCACGUCGCGCUUCGUGGCGACCCCCUUCCACCCCGCGGUCGCGCCUGCUGCCUUUGUUCGCUUUGCCAGCACCUCCGCGAAGACGAAGAAGCCGUCCCAGAAGGGCUCGUUCCAGGCCGCCACGGAGGAGGCAAAGAAAGUAUCGCAGCAGGAGGCCGAACGUUCUAGCACGCGCAUGCCCGUCAACAUGGACACGUCAACCUUGUACACCGACUUCGUGUUUGACUCCCACAUCGAACCCCCAUUCCAAUACAAAUGGCUGCUUCCCAAGUACUGGACCACUGUUCUCAAGUUGCGGCUGCAGCGCCAUGCUACGUCUGGCGACUCGCUGUACCAUGCCCUUGUUAACCCGUGGAUGGCGACUGGCAUGGUCCACGGCCGCAUGAAGCAAUACAUGACGCAACUCAAGUGGAGGCAGGCAGCUGCCCAGUACCUCACCGAGUUUCCCGGCCUUUACAGCUCUUUCCAGCGUGCCCAGGCGGAGGGCGACGUCGCCGAGCUGAAGCGUAUCGCCAUCGGUCCCGCGCUCGCCGAGGGCCUCAACAUCACCCGGAAUGUCCGUGACGCACAGUGGUCGCUCGUCAAGACCCUCACCGCGCCCGAGUUCAUCUCAGUCCGUUACGCUCCCGCCGAGCAGCUUCUUCCUGCGCCCAUCUGCCAGGUCCUUGUGCGCUUCCACACCAUCCAGUCGCUCACGACCAUGACUCGCGGAAAGCCGAACAAGCGUCUGGUCGAGCUCAAGGAGGCCAUUGUCUUUCAGCGCACCAUGAGCUUUACCGGCAAGUGGCAGGUCAAGGCCAAGGUCAACCCCGAGGCAGCCAAGGAGGAGGUGAAGGUGGAGGCCAAGGAGGAGACCAAGUAG